AUGCAAGCUGAAAAAUGGGUGGGUGUUCAAACUAAAAACAGAUUAGGGGUGUUAUAUUUUUCCUUCUUUUUAUUUUCUUUCUUCUUCUGUUCUUUUUUUCUUCUUUCUUUAAUUUUCCUUUUCCCCUUUAUUUCCAUCUCUUCCUUGGUUUUUUCAUUCUUACUUUCUUUUUACAUUCUUACUUGCUAUCUUUUUAUUUUCCUUCCUUCUUUUUUUCUUCACUUUGUUUCUUCUUCAAUCUUUUUUUUUCUUUCUUUCCUUUUUGAAUUUCUAUCUUCUGAUUUUCUUGCUUUAUUUACUGUUUUUCAUUCCUGUUUUUUUCCUGUCCUCUUUUUUCUUGCUUUUUCCACUUUUACUUCCUUCAUUUUUUUUUUUACUUUUCACUCCUCAUUUUCUCCAUUUAUUGGUUCUUUUUUGCUUUUUCUAUUCUUCUGUUCUUUCUUCCUUCUUUUUUCUUUACUUGCACUUUUCUUUCUUUCUUUUUCUUCCUUUUUUCAUUUUUCUUUCUUUCUUCUCCCACCUGAAUUUUCAUUCCUUAUUUCUUUCUUUAUUUUCCUUCUUUACUGUUUUCCUUCUUUACUGUUUUCCUUUUUUACUUUGUUUCUUCUUUUCUUCUGUUUUCUUUUUUUUUCAUUUGCCUUCUUUCUUUUACCUUUUUUAUUCUUUUUUUCCUUGUUUUUUCUUUUCUUCCCACUUUUUUCUUUCCUUCUAUUCAAAUCCCUCCUUUUUCCUACCAUUUUUCUGUCACAAGGAAAAAAGUAA